AUGCCCAAGGUCCUGAGCUACACGCCAGACUGGCUCAGCCGCCCAAACCCAGGCUACGAUUUAUUUGCGCCGCGGCGACGAAAUGGACAUGCAGCGGCGACAAACAAAGUCCGAGGUUUUGGUCCACGAAAGACGAUUGCGGCGAGGGGUUCAGAGCUUUUCGUGGCCGUGGGAAACGAGCUGCGCUGGGCAGAUCUGGUCAACGUGAAAGAGGGCAUCGAGCCCGCAUAUCGCACCCUCCGAGUGUCGAUACCUCUGCCGAUCACGCGUCUUACCAUCUCGCCAGGUGGUGACUAUCUUUGCGUCUCAACCUCGCAUACAGUUCAUGUUGUACAUCUCCCAGACGCCUCGCUGCUGGAAACUGGCGACGACAGCCCGCUCAAGCCCAAGACGUUUCAAGUGGGACCAACCAUACACGUACUCGAAGAAUCGCCCAUUGCAACAACACUAUGGCAUCCCCUCGGCUACCACGGACGCUGUCUCGUAACCAUCACAAAAGCAGGCGUCGUCAGACUGUGGGAAGUGAACCGCGCAGACCGGUCCACCUUCAGCGAACCCUCGCUCUCCAUCGACCUGCCCAAGCUGGCAAACGCCACAUGCGAUCAGGAUGACCUCAGUGCCUCCACGUUUGGAGCAUCAAAGGGCUUCUCGCCAGACUCUGUGGAGCUCGAAAUUGCUUCGGCCUGCUUUGGCGACUUCCCAGACCAGGAGGGCGUGCAUGGAUGGGCGCCCAUGACGCUGUGGAUCGCUACGGUACCGGGAGACGUGUAUGCUCUGUGUCCGUUGCUACCGAGCAAGUGGCAGCUGGUUGAAUCGCCUGGAGCUUUCACUUUCCUGCAGACCCUCACGUCGUCCAUCAACAUCAACUACGCAAAUCUCUCCGAAGACGACGACGCAUCAGCGGCAGAGGUCAAGACUUCGGAGAAACAGGUUGCGUGGCUUGCAGACAUCAUAUACGCCGACCCAUUCGUCGAGGAGCUGCCCAACGGCGAUUCUGUAAAGGUGUUUGCGCGUCCUGCGAGUACACCAGUGGUGCCAUUGCUACAAGGACCAUUCACAGUGACGCCAGAUGUGGACGAUUUUGAGCUCAGUGAUAUGAUUGUAUUUUCGUUGAAGACCCUCUCAGAGAGCUCCGAGGAAGAGGCUGCCGAGGGCCUGCCAACUGCUGUCGUGUGUCUGCUCACUGACACGAGCGAAGUGCACGUUUGUUUGGAUCUCGAGGGUAUUAUGGGGCGUUGGUUGCCUGCUCCUGACGAUGAUGUCGAUGUAGAGGAUAUACCCGAGCACGACCUCACCAUCGCCGAGACCAUUGCACUUGUCCAAAGCGACGAGUCCACCUACAAUCAGAGCAUAACCCCCGACAUCCACACCGACUUCUCCUUUUUUGUCUCACAUGCCAGUGGUGUCUUCUACAUUUCUCUCGAGUCCUGGAUCCGCAAACUAGAAAACGAGCUCUCAGAGCCCCAAAUCGAAGGCUCAGACUUCCGCCUCAAGCGCGUUCUCGAAUCGGCGAACACUACUGUCGAGCAAUACCUACAGCGUCGGACUACCGGCAAGGUUGCAGAACAAGAAGUUACCUCCGCUGUCGUAAUCGAAGACGGAAACAUUGGCUACAUUCUCCUGACCACCGUCAACUCCGAGCCCGUUGCAGCACUUCUCGAUGCGCCGGAAGAGGAUAUACCGACUCCAGACGAAAUAGCGGGAUAUAUGGCCAUCAGUGGUCCUGCAAAGGAAGUUCGCGAACCAUGGCAGCCGCCCAAAGAACUAUACGAGCCAUUCGACAUCAGAAGCGCAAUCCACAUACCCUCGCGCCACCGCAGCAGCCUCAAGGAAGAAAUUCGUCUCUCACCCGCAAACCUAGAACUACUCAUGGACGUGCACCGCGUCCUCUCCGUCCAAACAAGCAAGCUCCAACACGCCGUCUCAGACCUCUUCAACCGCGCCACCCGCCUCCAAGAAGAAUUCCGCGAUCAAGUCUAUCGAACCAGUCAAAUCGCCGCGAACAUCGACUCUGUAACCGGCGGCCCAGACAGCACAGACACGGCUUCCCAAGACGCCUCCUCCUCCGAUGCAGCCUACGGCGCCGCACACAUCUCCCACCGCCUGGACCGCGUCAAGUCGCGCCAGGAAGCAAUUUCGGCACGCUACGAGGCUCUGCGCCGCAAAAUGGCAAAUAUCAACACCACGGAGCUCAGCGACAAGGAAGCAGAUUGGAUCCAGGAACUGCAGCUCAUGGACGCCACGCUGGAUAAAUCAAGUCGCACGCUCUCGGCCGAUGUGGAUGGCAGUGAGGAGACGCCGGUUUACGAACGCGUGCAGCGGCUGAAGAGCAGCAAGGAGGAGGUUUUGCGCCAGGCACAGGAGGUAGCCGGUACGAGUGCGGGUGCGGGUGCAGGUGCAGGUGCAUUGUCGGCGCAACGGGGCGAUGGGGUCAAGGUGCCGAGUUAUACGCGCAAGAUGGAGAAUGAGGUUGUCGGCGAGUUGAUUCGGAGGAACGAGGUCCUUGUUGAGGCGGCGGUGGAGAGAUUGAGGGGCUUGGGCGUGGCUUUGCCUGUUUAA